AUGCUUUCCAUCCUCGUCCUCACUACCACUUUCGCUGCUGCGGUACUAGGCAGCCCUCAUAGCCGGCCACCGACGCCUAUCGUGACUCCGACGCCUAUCGUUGCACGUCAAUGUGGUGGCAUCGCUACCCACGUUGUCGCACAGGGAGACACGCUCUCAAGAAUCGCUGCUCAGCUCGGGGUUGGCGUUUGCAAUAUCGCUGCGUCGAAUCAUAUCGAAAACAUUAACACCAUCUAUGCAUCGCAAACCCUGACUGUAAGAGCUUCUGGAUGCGAGGCUGUCAAUCAUGGACCUGAAUGUACGCUUCUACCUAAGCUUGCGGGAGUUCAUGUAGCUGUUGCUGGGGAUACCUUCUGGAAACUAGCUGCUGCUCAGGGCUUACCCGCAACUGCUAUUAUCACUGCAAACCCAGCUAUUCCAACCAAUGCGAUACCUAUCGGGCAAGCGAUAGUUAUCCCAGCGGCAAUCUAG